CCCCACCCCGCGAAAUCCACCCCGUCAUGUUUUCCAGCACCGUCAUUUCCGCCGUUAACAGCGCCACCACCAUCAUUUUUUCCAACGUCAAACAUGACGUCGAGUGAAUUUCAGAAGCACGAGGAGGUCUUAAGGAAGUUUAGGCAGCAAGAGUUGAAUCUUCUGGUGACUACGAAUGCCCUGCAGACGGGCAUCGAUCUACCCAAGUGCAAUCUAGUCGUUCGGUUUAGUCCGGCUUCUAGCUACAAAUCUUAUGUCCAGUCUAAGGCCAGAGCGAGGUCGAACAUAGCGAAGUUUGUUCAUCUGGUUGACAGCCAUUUGAAGGAUCAAUUCGGGAGUGAUAUAAAAAUGUAUAAGGGAGUCGAAAAGAUACUGUAUCAUCGCUGCCGGCAUUAUAGACACAACAUCAACCGGCACAUUCCUAAUCGUGACGUCAUCAGCGCCAAGUUCCCGCCUUACAUAGCCCCCAACUGCCUAACUUUGCCUCAUCCGCCUAAGGUUACGGUACUGACGGCCAUCAAGUUGGUGAAUAAAUAUUGCGCCAGACUGCCAAGCGACAAUUUUACUCAUUUGACGCCAAAAUGUGAGAUCACCGAACAUUAUUACGACAAAAAUGUUAAAAUGUAUAAGGCCCGACUCAAACUUCCUAUAAAUUCGUCUGUAAAGCAGACAGUUGAGGGCCCGCCAAUGCCAGACGAGCAGCAGGCCAAAAUGGCGGUUGCAUUGGAGAUGUGUAAAGUUCUCCACCAAUCAGAAGAAUUGGAUGAUAAUCUCCAGCCAAUAGGAAAAGAGAUCUUGCCACUGAAGAGAAGUAGAGAUAGUGAUGAGGACGAUGAUGAUGGCGGUUAUGAGCCAGGCUCAACAAAACGCAAGCAGCACUAUCGCAAACGUGUGGCCAGGGCCCUUCUGGGCUCGGUUCGGCCCAAUGCGCCCUGCCACCUCUACGCCUUCAACAUGACCUUGACCGGACCGAUUUCAGAGGAGCAGAACACGAGAGGCAGGAUCAUACACGCUCCCGAAGACACCAGCAAGGGAUUUGGAGUUCUUGUUCCUAGGUCCUUGCCCAAGAUACCCCACUUUCCAGUGUUUACGAGGUCAGGAGAGGUCACUGUGUCAGUUGACCCCAUGACCCCAUCUAACCUACAUUCCGACCUUCAUUUCGAUUCUGACCAGUUGAAGAGGCUUUAUGCUUUUCAUAAAUUUUUAUUCUCAGAUGUAUUAAAGUUGGAAAAAUGCCCCAUGAUCUUUGACCCAGAGAGAGCGAAAUCAUGCUGCAUUGUGGUGCCCAUCGAUAGAGGCCACUCAGAUGAACACCAUCUCGCUAAACAACAAUCUGAUCAUUUAGUCAAACAACAAGAUGCUGGACGGCUAAAUGCUCAGCAGCAGCUACAAGAACAACAGCAAAAUUUCAAAUUUAGGGUCGAAGAUUUCAUAGAUGCUGUAGUUACUCCAUCUUAUAGGAAUGUCGACCAGCCACAAUAUUUCUAUGUGGCUGAAAUAAGACGUGACCUCUCCCUGACCAGCCCCUUUCCCUCCCCCGAACUCUACGAGACCUUCCGCCACUACUACUCCACCAAGUACAACCUCCACCUCACUGACCACACGCAGCCACUUCUCGACGUCGACCACACCAGCGCCCGUCUCAACCUUCUCACACCGAGAUACGUCAAUCAAAAAGGUGUCCCCCUGCCGACUACAAGCGCUGAAAAUCGUCGCGCGAAGCGCGAGUCGCUACAGCAGAAGCAGAUUCUAGUUCCGGAGUUGUGCUACAUCCAUCCAUUUCCCGCCAGUCUCUGGCGGAAGGCCGUCUGCGUCCCGACCAUUUUGUAUAGGGUGAACUAUUUGCUACUGGCGCAAGAACUACUUGAAAGGAUUGCAAAGGAGGCUGGUGUGUAUGCGUGUGUACGUGUGUGUGUGUGUGUACGUGUGUGUGUAUGUAUGUGUGUGACCAUUACAAACCAGCCGAUCACACCAAUCAAACCAAACAAUCACAUCGAUCAUUUACAAAUCAACCAAUCACAUCAACCAACCGCAAACCAACCAAUCAUUCAUAACCCGACCAAUCACAAACAAGGUCUAUCCUUCAAGAAGAAUGGAAAUUCUCAAGCUCUGCAGUUUCGUUUUGCAAAAGAUGGCGAGGCUUCAUCAACGUUCUGUGGCGGUUGUGGUUUCGGAGAUGACGACGACAACAAUGAUGAUGAUGCUGCUGCUGCUACUACUACCACUGCUACUACUAACACUGCUUUUACUUCCAUGUAUGGUCCUGGAGCUUGCGACGUCAUACAAACACUGACCAUGUCCAACGCUAAUGACUUUUUUAACCUGGAACGAUUAGAAACUAUUGGCGACUCGUUCCUCAAGUUUGCCAUCACGGCCUACCUGUACUGCACCUACUCGGGCAUCCAUGAAGGAAAGUUGAGUUAUCUCAGGAGUAUGCAGGUUAGUAAUUACAAUCUCUACCGUCUGGGUAAACGCAAGGGACUGCCGGGACUGAUGUUGGCCGCGAAAUUCGAGCCUCUAGAAAACUGGCUACCACCCUGUUACGUCCUAAAGAGGGCCGACCCUAAAAGCUAUAUUUGGAACUGGAAAGAACAGGACGGGAUUUCCCAGAGUGAUAAAAAUAGAACCGAUGAUGAUGAUGAUGGUGUCGAUGAUGUUUGUGGUGGCGUUGGCAAACGUGGUGAUGAUAAUGAUGAAGACGAAGAGGAAGAAGAGGAUGAUGAGGAUGAAGCUGAUUUCUUUUUCAUUAAUAAUGUCUCCGAUAAAGAUGAUGAUGACGAAGAUGAAGAUGCCUAUGAUGAUGAUGAUGAUGAUGAUGGUGGUGAUGAUUUUGGAGGUAAGACAACAUCAGCAGCCGCUGCAGUAGCCUGCAAAAACGCCGCCGCCAACAACAACAACACGACGACGACCACAACCAGCAGCAACAACAACAACCUUUUAAUCCCAUACAACCUGCAAACACAACAUAGCCUACCAGACAAGAGUAUUGCAGACUGUAUCGAGGCUCUCAUAGGAUGCUAUCUUGCGUGCUCCGGUCAAAACUCUGCCCUAAAACUCAUGCUCUGGAUGGGGUUAAAGGUUUUGCCAGUAAGCAGUAGUAACGACCGCAGCGGCGACCACAGCAGCGAUCACAGCAACGACCACAGCGGCAGCAGCAAAGAUAAUUUCUCGAACAACGCCAACUUUUUAACAUCCCCGCCAUCACCAUUGUUACGUCACUUCGAAAAGUCAAUAGGUUACAAGUUCAAGGACAGGUCCUACCUGCUGCAAGCAUUCACACACGCUUCCUACCAUUACAAUGAGGUAACCGAUUGCUACCAAAGAUUAGAAUUUCUCGGCGACGCCAUCUUGGAUUACGUCAUCACUAAACAUCUAUUUAAAGAUUCCAUAGAACAUUCUCCCGGCAUACUAACGGAUCUAAGAUCAGCCCUAGUGAACAACAACAUCUUCGCCCUGUUGGCUGUCAAGUGGAAUUUCCACAAAUUCUUAAAAUACAUCGGGCCACAACUAUUUUACGUCAUCAGCAGGUUCGUGUCAUGGUUCAAUGAACAGGGAGAAGAUGCCAUCUUGGAUGAGUUGGAGGGCGAGUCGCACAACCCACUAGACGCAGACAACGACGACGAAGCGCAACCGCCGACCAACAAUCGCAACAACAACAACCAACCAGCCUGCGAACUCGAAGAUAUCGAAAUACCGAAAGUGCUCGGCGAUAUAUUCGAAUCUGUGGCCGGUGCCAUCUACCUAGACGCCAAUCUCUCGCUGGAUGUCGUCUGGAAGGUAUACAAGAGGCUCAUGGACAAGUACAUCACUGCUUUCCUCGAAAAAAUCCCAAAAUCCCCAGUUAGGGAAUUAUUGGAGGCUGAACCGGAAACGGCUAAAUUUGAAAAACCGGAGCGAACAAUAGACGGACGCGUGCGAGUGUGCGUCAACGUCGUUGGCAAGGGUAGCUUUAGAGGCAUAGGAAGGAACUACAGAAUCGCCAAAACGGCCGCUGCCAAAAGAGCCCUGAAAUACAUCAAGAUGAUCAGUGGCAGCAGUUGCUGAUUGCGAUUAGUCGUCUGAUCGUGUAAUUAACCAAUGUAUUGAUUGAUUGGUUGGUUUUGUAAUUGAUUGAUUGGUUUAUUGAUUGAUUGAAUGAUUGGUUGAUUGAUGGAUUGACUGAAUGGUUGAUUGAUUGGAUGAUUGGUUACAUAAAAGACUAAUUCAACUGUCUAUUAUAAACCAUAACGAGAUAAUAGUUAGGUUAAAGUACGCACAAGAACCGUAUCAUAAGGAGCGUAAAUAAAUAACAAAAACGAAAAAAUCAUUUCCAUUAUUACUGUUGCAAUUUAACGAGAAUGAUAUUUAUAAUAAUUAUUAUUAUUUAUAAUAAUUAUUAUUAUUUAUUAUAACAAUUAUUAUUUAUAAUUAUUAUUGUUUAUUAUAACAAUAAUAAUUAUUAUUUACGCUAUCGUCUUAAUGAAAAAUUAAUAAAAUUUAUUUAUUUUGUCUGAAGACGGUUCUUUCUUUUCCUAUUCUUCUUUCGUUCUUUCUUAUUUACAUUAUUAUUUAUAUUAUUAUUAUUUAUAAUAAUAUUAUUAUUGUUGUUGUCGUUAUUAUUGUUAUUGCCAUCAUCAUCAGGAUUUUUAGGGUGGUUUAAAAUAAACAUAGAUUGGUCUCUUUCACCGUUUCGCUUCUUUUUCUCCCUAUUAUUAUUGCUGUUAUUAUAAUUAUUAUUUAUUAUUAUCAUUGUCAUUGUUGUCGUUGUAGUUUUUCAAUAAGAACUUAUUGGC